UUUCCGGCGUACUCAAUUUCUAGCAAAAUGUAUAAAGAAAUAUACAUACAUAAUAGAAUUUUAAAUCUUUUUUUGUCAUGAGAAAACUAAUGUUUUUGAUAAGUAUCAUUUGGAUAAUGUUGCAAAACGAAGAAUGGUGUAUAAAUCAAGUCUCUGCAGCUGGUUGUGGUCUAGGAAAGGAAUUUAGAAAUUCUUAUUGCUAUGACUGUUAUAAAGAUUACUACAAAGAUACAGAAGGAAACACUGACUGUAUUAAGUGUCCUCGUCACAAACAAACAUCUAUAUCUGGGGCUACCUCAGUUUCGGAUUGCAACGUUGUUCGCUGUGACAAAGGAGCAGAAUAUGUGAAUCAAACGUGUAUAGAUUGUCAAGUUGGAUUCUACAAAGUAACUGAUGGAAAGUUUUAUUGUGCAAAAUGUCCUGCUGAUUAUAUUACAUUAGGAACAGGCUCGACAUCUGGCAAUGAUUGUAAUAUCCUUUACUGUGGCCCAGGGUAUGAAAAAAAGGAUGAUAAAUGCUCUGAAUGUGAUUUUGGUUCCUACAAAAUCGAUCAAGGAAACAGUCCGUGUAAAAAGUGCCCUGAAGAUAAAACAACACCUGGAAAAGGUUCCAAAUCUAUGUCUAGCUGUUCUCUUAAAAUCUGUGAUGCAGGAUACCAUACGAUUGACAGCAUUAGUUGCACUUUAUGUGAGAAAGGUACUUACAAAUACAAGUCUGGAGGUGACCAAUGCUCCCCUUGUCCGAAAAACACAACAAACUUAAGUGUUGGAAGCAUAAGCCUAGAAAGUUGCAACACGACCUUCUGUGAACCAGGAUUUUAUUCACCUGACACUAUCGUUUGUUCCAUAUGUCCGAACGGUACUUACAAAGGUGUAGCUGGAAACAUGCCAUGCACACCUUGUCCUGGGAACACAACAACUCCGUCAUUUGGAAGCACCAACAUCGCACAAUGCAGUUUAAUACAUUGUGAAAAAGGAUUGUUUUUAAGAGAUAACAUUUCCUGCUCUGUUUGCCUAAAUGGAACCUAUAAAGACUUUACUGGAAAUCAGCAAUGUAUAAAAUGCCCUAUGAACACAACAACUAGGGAAGUUGGUGGUACUGACAUCAAAGAUUGCUCUUUGGAAUGUCCGAAAAUUUGCAUACCAAAUGACCCGUGUAAAUAUACAGGGACCAGUAGCUGUGUGUGCCCGAGUGGAUAUUAUGGACAAGAGUGUUCGAAGCGCUGUAGCCCAGGAUGUCUCGACGAUCCAUGUCACAGAAUCAACGGUACAUGUCAAUGUAAAGAAGGAUAUUACGGUGACAAGUGCUUGAAAACUGGUAUUCUGGACAAAAAUAAUAAAUGGAGCAGCCAUUGUAAAAGUAACUGCUCGGAAGAAAAACGUUUCACAUCUGACCAAUGCUCAAUGGGCUGGUUCGGUGAAUUCUGCCAAUACAAAGAUCUGGGUGUGGAUGCCAUUAUGGACAAUACAGUACUGAACGACAACAACGACAGCACGUGUGUGAAACAGAACAACGUUACAGUUCACUGGCAAAAGGAGUUGCAAGCUAUCACAUGGAUUCGAUUGGUCUUAACCAGCAAUGAUGAUAUCAGUGAAAUAACAAUACAGUUUAAUGAUGAAGAGAUAAGCGGCCCAUCUUUAUUCUGCGAUCCUAGUGACUUCAAAUAUCGCAAGUAUGGAAACACAUCAAUAGAUUUCCAUUGUGAAUAUUCCUACUUCCAUGAUUUAGUACACAUAUCUUGGCAAAGUGACAGCUCUAUAUGCUCUGUCUAUAUUAGCGGAGAAAGAAAUAUGGCCACAACUGCGAGAAAAGUGAGAUGGAAGAAUAUAGGCAAAAGAUGGACACCCAUUGAGACACUAAAUGACGGUUACUAUGGCAGCGAUGGCUGUUUGAUAAUGAACUCGAGUAUAGCACUAGAAUUUAAUUUCUGGAAUGAUAUUUUCUCAUCUCAAAUCAUAUUGUUUACAGACUUUCCACGAGAGGAUGGACAUGGAACCUUCUCUGUGCUGCUCAUGGGUGCCCGUGAAGAUCUUGUCUUUAACAUCUCGACCAGCAGAAAAGAUGUAUUUGUCCAGAAAGCCAUUUUUGGAGCAGCCUAUUCUUUUAGGUCUGUAAACAUAAGAGUAUUGAGUGGGACAUUGCAUCUUUGUGAAGUGGAAAUCUACGGAGAUUGCGAGAAGCCAUACUACGGGCCCAUUUGUCUACAUAUAUGUUACUUGACAUGUCGAAAUCAGGUCUGUACUUAUGAAGGUGAAUGCUUCAAUUGUGUGCCUGGACGCAGUGGUCCUUACUGUGAGACCCGUGAUUACAACUAUAGUGAAUAUGUAUCUAUAGCAGCUGCACCAACUACAGUGUUGUAUAUGUCCAGUCAAGAUGAAGAAUAUUCUUUUGAAACUAUUCAUCUCGGAAUGUUACUACAAAUGGUUCUGCUAAUAUGUAUCAUUUUCAUAGCGAACAAAUGUUAUUCUGUUCACUCUAAUCAAGAGGUUAGUAUGGAAGAUAUAUCGAAUGAAUGAAAUAAAUUUCUAUACAA